AUGGAGAGCAAAACGAAAUCCAUUGGGCAGUUGUUACUCCUGUUAGUCCUAAUCAGUCCACCGGCUAGUCCUCGGCCCCAAUUGCAGUCUCACUAUUUGCGAGCUGUGACCGCGUACAGGCGUUUGGAAAGGACUCUGCCCGCAGAGGAAUUGCAUGCCCUGACUGGAAUUGGUGUGCUAAAUGGUGCCCGCCUCGCAGAGCAAGCCAUGGAGGAGCAGCUGGUGGCUGCCAUUAAGAAACUGCUACUGCAAACGGAUCUACAGCAAAGCCACCGAGUGGCAAGCCAAAUAAAUCUUAUUGAACAGCAGUUGGCAAGAGAUGGCAAAGCAUUGGACAUACUUGGCAUGGCCAUCGAUGUGCUGAGGAAGGCCAAAGAUGAGCAGGAAUUCCGACAAGAGUUACGCGAAGUGCGAUAUCAGCAUAUGGAGGAGGAGCUCUUGAAGCAAGAAGAAUCGGCCAAUUAUGUGGUGGAAACGGAACUUGGCCAGAGAUUGGGCCAUCUGAGGACAGCUAUACUAAAACAAGUGCCACAGAUGAAAGUCCAAUUGGAAGAUAAAAUUGAAAAGGCACUGAAACAUAUCAUGGAACAGGCCACUGCCGAUGGAAUUCUGGCCAAGGCCAGCGAGAAGGUGAAAGUGAAGCGAGCAAUCACACCAGAUCAGCCCGAUGAGAUGCGUAUGAUUAAAUCCAUAUUGACAGAGUAUAACUUACAAUUCGUAUUUUCAAUUUCAAAGGAUGACUUUCGUGAGAAUCUGAUUGAGCAGCGUAGCGAUGGAGCUAACCAAAAAGCAAGCCCAAAUAAUACCAAAACUGAACUAGAAGAAGAUGAGUUUGACUCGUUGGAAAAGGAUUUGAAAUUGCCAAAUAUUACAGCCAAGAACCGCCCCAAGAUACAGACGCAUGCCAAACAGGAGGAGGAUGGCGAGAAGGGAGCUGGCGGUGAUUCCAAUGAAUUGGGUGAUGAGGACGAUGCUGACGAAGGCGGUGGUGGUGGCGGUGGUCUAGUCGGACUCAUUGGCAGUCUUAGCGGUGGCGAAGGCGGCUCCGAUGUGGGAGCCCUAAUUGGUGCCCUAACUGGCCUUAUAUCCACAUUAUUCGGUCCUGGCGGACUGGAUAUUGAUGCAUUAAUUGGCACUUCGACUUCAUUAUUGGCGGGUCUCUUGGCGGGUAACAAGAAUUUUGGCACCGUACUGGGCUCCUAUGUGGGCACGGCAUUCGAUGGUCUCUCCGGCGGUGGUGGUGCGAUCAAUAAUGGACAAUUCUUGGGAAAUUUUGUGGGCACUGUGCUGGCUUCGUUAAGCGCUGAUCCCGAAGAGGAAGGUCCACCCCAACCGUUGACAUUCACCAAAAAUUUCGUAACCAGUUUUCUCGAAUCGAAAUUUCGUCCGGUUGAAGGAUCAGAGGAACGACAUGGCAGCGCCGAAUUGCCGCGGCAAAAGGCUAAAAAGGAUGGCGGAGCUGCUGGAGGCUUCGAUUCGGGAGGCUUUGUCAAGCAGGUGGCCUCGCAUUUGGUCAGCAAUGCCCUCAGUUUAUUACUCAACGCCCUGUUGGGGUCAUCGGGAGGAGCAUUCCAUGCAUCCGCUGGCAUAUUCUCCAGCAGCAGCAGUGCACAUCAUGGCAAGCCAGGAGCGGGUGCCGUCCAUUAG